CAACCUGGAGAUAUUCAUUUUAUUUCAUUCCUUAUCCGCGGGUUCGAGGCACAUCAGCAAACGAUUGGUGGGCAUGUACGAAAGUUGUGCCUAGAGGGGUUCGAGAAACUUCUGAAGAUGCUCUUACUGCGCUACAAGAUGAUACACACGACCAAGUUGUUGCACCAAGUGAAAUGUUACGAUUUGAAACUUAUGUUGUGGAAGAUGAUUCAGAUUAUGAUUCUACGCCGGUUGUUCCGCCCAAUGACGAAUAUGUUUCUGAAGAUGAGUUAGAACCGGCAUGUACCGAUUCUGAUUCAGGGUCUGAUUCAAGUUCUUAGUGUUUUAUUAUGAUUGUAUAAUAUCAUUAAGUUCUUAAUAUUUUGUAAGAUAUAUGAAUGUAUAAUAUAAUUAAGUUCUUAAAGAUUUGUAAAAUAUGUGAAUGUAUAAUAUAAGUUUUUAGUGUUUUGUAAGAUAUAUGAAUGUGCAAUAUAAACCCUAUUUAAUCUUAAUAUUUUUUCCGGAAAACACUAAACUCUAUCUAUAAACUCUAAUUUUUCUAAUCAAAAUAUUAACUUUAUCUAAACCUUUUAUAUAAAACCUAAUUAUUUUCUAAUCAAAAUCUAAACCCUAUUUAUAAACCUAAUUAAACCUAUUUUUUUUUAUCAAAACGUAAACCUUACCUAUAAACCCUAUUUAAACCCUAAUUAACCCCUAAAUUUCUAAACCUUCGAUUCCCUCCAAAUCCCUCUAAAUUUCUAAACCCAAAAUUAAUUCCCUCUAAAAUUCUAAACCCAAAUUCAAUUCCCUCUAAAAAUUUAAGCCCAAACCCAUUUUCUAUACUUAGACAAAAUAUCCCUAAUUUCCUAAAGACAAACCUUUCUUCUCUCUCUCCCGUGUCUCGACUCUUCGAGCUCUCAUCUCUCUCGAUCUCUCUAAUCCCUCGAUCUCAUCUCUCUCUUGAUCUCUCUAAUCCCUCGAUCUCUCUUAUAGCUCUCUCGUUCUCUCUCAAUCUCUCGUCUUUCAUGCCUAAUUCCUCCGCAAACGCAUCCAACGACCGUCGUCGUUCUCGCCCUCCAGGCUUGAAUCUUGAAGGUAAGGUCUCAAUUUCUCUGUUUAUUGAUUAGGGUUUCGAUUUAGGAUUCUCUUUCGGUUUUUAUUAGGGUUUUGAUUUGGGUUUCAAAUUAGGGUUUAGGUUUGGGAUUCGCUUUCAAUUUGGGUUGCGGUUUCAGUUAGAGUUUGUAUUGCAAUUUCGGGUUUCAAAUUAGGGUUACGAUUUAGGUUUCAAAUAAGGGUUUCGAUUUGGGUUUAGGUUGGGUUUCAAAUAAGGGUUUCGAUUUGGGAUUCGCUUUCAAUUUGUUCUGCGGUUUAAAUUUGGGUUUCUAUUUGGGUUUUGAAUUGGGUUUCGUUUAGGGGUUUGGUGUUGCUGUUGAUUUUGAGUAGGGUUUUGAUUUAGUGUUUUCUUUUCGGUUACAAGUUAGGCUUUUCAGUUUUUCAAUCUUAACGCUUCUUCUGUUUCUCUUUCUGCAGAUGUAAGAAACGUGAGACCGCAAAUGAGAGCCGCUUCAAUGCCUCCUGGUAGGACUCCUGCUUCUUCUCAACCAACAAGACCUCCUGGAGUGGUCGGCUCUUCAACUUCAUCUGCGGCUCCUCCUCCUCCUCCUCCUCCAACCUAUGCGACGAGAACAGAAGAGGCGCUGCUACGUGCUCCAACCCGAAUUAAUCAGCCACACCUCCAUCCUGAUAAGAUCAAUGGAGCAUUGUGGAUCGGAGUUGAUCCUGAAGUCCAUGAGUUUAUAAGAGCAACAUGGCAGGGAAACUUCUGGGGGCCGUGGCAAAGCUGGUUAAAGGUUCCAGUGGAGAAGAGAACAAGUUGGUGGCACUCUUUCAUUCAACAAUACUACUGGGAAGACCAAUUUCAUGAUGAAAUCUACUACAAAUGGAAGCUUCAGACUCAAGUGACUAUCUGCGGACGCAUCAGCCAGAAAAGACAAAAGAACAAGCAGCCAAGUUACAUCAGCGCUACUGACUGGGAAACAAUCCUUGCGAAUUGGUCCAUAGCUGAAGCAAAAGCCAAGAGCCAAUCAGCAGCUGAAUCUCGUUGUGCUGCUCCUCCAGGGCUGAAGAUGCACGUCCAUGGUGCAGGACCACGCACCUUCGCAAAUAUUGCGUAUAACAUGGUCAGCUUACCAUCUCUCAUUCCCAUUUCUAUUUAAUUCCUUCCUUUAACUGCUAAUUAUCUAACUUUCUCUUCUUCCCUUUGUUGUAGGUUGUUGAAGAAGGUCUGGAGGGACCAGUUUCAUAUCCCGACCUUGUGAGGAAGACUCACUUCCGCAAAGAUGGGACCUUCCUUGACGAACGAGCAGAGGCACUGGUUCUGGAGGUUGAGCAAGCGGUUGAAGAGAUGCUACAAGAUGGAUCUCCUCUUGGAGAUAGCCAAACUGACUCAACGGCUGCCACAAGCACUUCAAAGCGCCUUCUCCUAAACGAAGAAUACAUCAAGGUAAUAAUCUCUUCUGCUCAUUGUCUUAGUAUUGUUCUCUGUAUAUUCAAAGCGCCUUCUGCUAUAUAUUUAUGACUGAUUGUUCUUGUGUCUGUAUAUUUAAAGCUAAUUGUCUUGUGUUUGUAAUUUUCAGCGUGGACAGACACGCAGGGGCACCAUCUAUGGUCUUGGCAAUCUUCAGUACAAGAACAAGUGUCCUUCUGAGUCUGUCCCUGCUGCACUCAAGCGAGGCAUAAACAUGGAGAUGCGGGUUUCUGGCUUGGAGACUCUCACACAGGAAAUCAAGUCUGAUGUUAAUGCUUUGAAGACUGACUUCAAUGAAGGCACAGCUCAAACUCAGUCAACUCUCAACAUGAUUCUGCAACUUCUUCAGCCUCAAGCUUCUGCUGCGCAAGCAAGUCAGUCUCAGCAUCACUCUCCCUCUCAUUCUGCAGCUCCAACUCACGGUCAAGCUCAACCUGAAGAUCACGGUCAAGCUCCAACUCCACCUCACGAUCAGCCUCAAGCUCCAGGUGAUGCACAACCUCAACAUCUCAUCACCACUACCAAUUUGGCUUUAGAUAGGUGGUGUAAUGAACUUGGAUUGUAGGUGUAGAUGUGGCAGUUUAUGUAUUAUGGUUUCUUGUUUUGAACCUUUUGAAUGUUUGAAUGUUUGAAUGUUUUGUGGAUCUUUUGAACUUUGUUAAGCUAAUGUAAUAUAUUCCCUUUCUGUUCUUGCUUCUUCUUUAUAUUGUUUAGAACCAAAACCAAAUAGGAAAAUCGGACCAAAAGGAAACAAAUGAAAACUUUGUUUCCAUUUUAUUUCGUUGCAAUAUGCGAAGAUGCUACGAAUAUUAACGUAGCAAAACGUAGCAAGAUGCUACGAAUAAUAACGUAGCAAAACGUAGCAACUUGCCACGUUUCUUUUUGUAGCAAAACGUAGCAAGAUGCUACGAAUAAUAACGUAGCAAAACGUAGCAACUUGCCACGUUUCUUUUCGUAGCAAGGUCGUAUCAAUUUGCUACGAUUUUGCUACGAUACAAAAAUGGCUACGAUCGUAUAGCUA